UUUCAAGCAGUACGACGGAGCGGCGAGCCAAGUCGGUUGGUCGCAACUUGCAUCCGCGCCUCCUCGAGUUGGCCGCAGGUGCAGGAGCACAGGAAAAGGAACAUCCUUCAGCAGGCGAGUGCGUCAUGUAUGAAUAGCAAUUGGGUUUGCCGCGACGGGGACUUUCGUAAGGCGAGAUCGAGGCGCGAUGCUGGAUUCUGCACGGCGGAUCGUGGCCGCCUGCGUGGCCCCCGCCUUGGCCGCCGGCCUCCGGGGAAGCCGAGGGGUGUACCCGACCUGCAACCCAUCGCUGAUGCCGGCGCCCGACCUGCGCAGACGCUAACUCGCCUGGCCGCCUCAUGAGGCCGCCCCUCGGCAUGUUCGCCGCUCUGCUGCUGGCGACCUCUUCGUUGCUCGCUCUUACACGUGGCGUGUCCGCUGUGACGAUCAACGUGGCGGCCGUCUUUGACGUUGGCGAGUCACCAGCGCUAAUGAAGAAUCUGAACCGCGGUUUCAGCGUCCUCAACCGGGACAUCCUGCGCGAGGUGAAUGUCACCCUGGCGCUGGUGUCCCUGCCCGUUGGCGAAGACGAACUUAACAUCUCGAACAGCAGCAGGCCCAGUGGCAGCAUGGACGGCGCGAUUCGUGAUUUUUGCGCGGCCCUUGAGCGUCACCGGGUGGUUGCUGCGCUGGUAGUUGGCUCGGGGGCGGCCGCUCGUGGCGUCGUCAUGGCCGCUGGGGCCGCCGCCGUGCCUGUCAUCUGGGCGAGGAACGACUCCAAUGCACCGCUCUACCAUCAGGCCAUGUCGGCGUUCGAGGUGCACGUGGACGCGUCGUGGAGCGAGGUGUCGGCCGCGAUCAGGCGGCUGCUGCUGGCCGCGCACUGGCACUCGUACAGCGUCGUGUCCGACGCGACGCCGGGCGCCGCGGCGGUGCGUGCGGCGCUGGCGCCGCCGGCGGCAUCGUCGAGCGUGGUGCUGCGUUCGGAUGCGUCGCCAGUGGCCGUGUUCCACCGUCUGGCCGAGCUGCAGCGUGCCACACGCGGCGUCGUCGUUUUGCUGGCUGACGCGACGGUCGUCGCCACAGUGCUGCGUCAGGCGCACCGUCUGCACAUGCUCAGCUCUGACUGGGUUUGGCUGAUGGUGGACACGACCGGCGUCGCCUCCGCCGUCCACGACGACCUGCCGCUCGGCAUGCUCAGCCUUAGGCCAAAACCGGCCAGGCUCCACCUCAAACAGACUCUUCGCGCUCUACUCAAAACACUAGCGCUGGUGAUGAAAAAGGCUGUGACGCGCACCUGGCUGCCCAUGGACACGGCCGGCGGGACGCCUGACCUGCGACCGUCGUGCUUCAGAACCACCGGCCGACAGACCAGGUUCGCCAACAAAUUCGUCAGAGAGUUGCGGGGCGCGGUGGAUUCGGCGCUGGCCGGCGAGUCUGCGGACCCAGAAGUGGCGCCUCUCGCCUCCGCCUUUGACCUACUUAACCUGGUGGCGCCAGAACAAGGUGACGAAUUGGCGUGGCGGUCCGUGGGCAACGUGACGGGCCGCAAGGUGUCCCUGGAGACGAUCGUGUGGCCGGGCGGGGACAUCGUGGGCCCAUCGCCCGGCGGCCGCAGCGUGUUCCGCGUGGUGACGGCGCUGGCGCCCCCCUUUGUGAUGGAAGGCCUCCUGGAGGACGGCCAGUGCCUGCGGGGUCUCAAGUGCCACCGGGUGCCACCCCACGUGGGCGCGCACCAGGACAACCUCACCCUGCUCUUUUCCUGGGAGCCCGAGGAGGAGCUGACCGCCGACCACCCGCUGCGGCCCACCUGCUGCUACGGCCUCUCCAUGGACCUCCUCGAGAACGUCGCCCAGGAACUCGAGUUUGACUUUCAUCUCUACCUGGUCAGCGACGGCUUCUACGGCUCCCGGGUUUGGUCUAAAGACGAACAGAGACAAAGGUGGAACGGCAUCAUCGGCGACCUGGUGUCAGGUGCUGCGCAUAUGUCGUUCGCCGCUUUGUCGGUGACGUCGGCGCGUUCCGAAGUGGUGGACUACUCGACGCCAUACUACUACAGCGGCAUCUCGCUGCUGGUGGCGCCCAACCAGAACAACGAAAUCCCGCUGCUGGCCUUCCUGCUGCCCUUCAGCCCCGAGCUGUGGGUGGCCAUCUUCACGUCGCUCAACGUGACGGCGAUCGCGGUGGCCAUCUACGAGUGGCUCAGCCCAUUUGGCCUCAAUCCGUGGGGUCGGCAGCGCAGCAAAAACUUCAGCCUGUCGUCGGCGCUGUGGGUCAUGUGGGGCCUGCUGUGCGGCCACUUGGUCGCCUUCAAGGCGCCCAAGUCGUGGCCAAACAAGUUUCUCAUCAACAUCUGGGGCGGAUUCUCGGUCAUCUUCGUCGCCAGCUACACGGCCAACAUUGCGGCUUUGAUCGCCGGACACUUUUUCCAGAACUCCCCAAGCUACCAUGACAGGAGUCUCCUGUCUCAGCGGGUGGGCUCGGCACGUUCUUCGGUGUCCGAGUACUACGUGCAGACAAGCAACCAGCCCCUGUGGGAGCACAUGCAACAGUACACGCUGCGCAACUUGGAGGAGGGCGUGCAUCGGCUCAGAAACGGCUCGCUGGACAUGCUGAUCGGAGACACGCCCGUGCUCGAUUACUACCGCGCCAACGAUCCCGGCUGCAAGCUGCAGGCCUACGGAGAUCCCAUUAGUCACGACAUGUACGCCAUCGGCACAAACAAGGGCUUCCCUCUAAAAGACAGCAUCUCUGCUGUGAUCGCCAAGUACGCGAGCAACGGCUACUUGGACAUCCUGCAGGAGAAGUGGUACGGCGGACUGCCGUGCUUCCGUCUGGAAAAUAACAUGGUGCAACCGCGACCGUUAGGGGUGACGGCGGUGGCUGGGGUCUUCCUCUUGCUUGGCCUCGGCAUGCUGGUUGGCCUUUUGAUCCUGAUUGUAGAGCACGUCUUCUACCGCAAUUUCCUGCCUUCGCUGAGGAGCAAACCCAAAGGCACCGUUUGGCGCAGCCGCAACGUCAUGUUCUUCAGCCAGAAAUUGUACCGCUUCAUUAAUUGCGUCGAGUUGGUGAGCCCGCACCACGCGGCCCGCGAGCUGAUGCACACCCUCAGGCAAGGUCACAUCACCAGCCUAUUCCAAAAGAGUGUCAAGCGGAAGGAACACGAACAGAGGCGACGACGCAAGAGCAAAGCGCAAUUUUUCGAGAUGAUUCAGGAAAUUCGAAGGGUUCAAGCCGAGGAACGGGACCUGGGAGUGACCCCAUCCUCGCUGACCUCGCCCAUUUCGGAAAUCGAGACGUGCGACCUGACAAGCCUGAAAACCCCUGCGAGCGAACUGCCCCCGGAGCCGGUUACGACGGCGGUGGAGGAGGCGGCACCGCAGCCGCUUCUUCGACCCCGUCUACCGGAGGAGAACAGCCAGACCGGAAGUCGUUUGGCGCAGUUCCGGCAGGACAGCCUGGAGCAACAGGUGCCGUCGUCCAUCCGGCAUCGCAGGGGGGGCAACGUGCGGCCGGCGUCGCAGGAAAUCGAGGAGCUGAGCACAGCCGAGUGGCAGCUGCGCGAGAUGGAGCUGCGCAGACAGCUGGCGCAGGCGUUGCGCGAAAAGGACGAGCUGCGCGACCGACUACGCAUACUGGAGCGCCGGAUCAAGGAGCCGCCAUGACGCGAGGACGAAAUCUUCGUCUGAGAGGGUGAAAUGCAAUUUAACGCGCGCGCACUUGGCUAACGACGUUUUACUGGGACUAAACGUUAACACCAAAGAAUUGACAUAACUAUACUGUUACUGUUCUCUCUUAACUUUCAGCAAGUGCCCACGAAAACCACGCAUGAAGCGCACGCGACAAAGGUGUGUGCGAUGAAAAAUCAGCAAUAAAAUAAAUUAUUGAAAUUCAGCCAGAACUGGACUGUAAAGAUGGGCCGCGGAAUUCGAUGAGAGAUUUCGAUUUCACUCUUUCACUUUGUCUUGCGGUAAAUAGUACGUCCACGGAAAGCAUCGUUUGAAAAUUCAAAAUCCAUUAUUGUACUCUGCGAAAUACGGCCACACCUGAAGGCUGUUUGUUAGAAAUUAAUAUCGAUCUUUUUGGCGCCGAUUGAAUUGAUUUAAAACUCAUCAUACUCUUGUUCUCUAUAUUAGCAGCAAUUAAUUAAGAGAUUAUGCAGGUUUUUGCGAUUUAAGUAGGUUGCAGUAAUUUAAAAGUAAAAAAAAACAUGUUUUAAAAUAAAGCGAGAAAUUUUCACUUAAAAGGUUAAUCGCACUUUGAAUAGCAAAUAAAAAAAGAGAUUGAAAUUCAAUGGGUGAGGAAAUCCUCAAAAUUAUUGAUUUGUGUGAGCAUGAGCAGAGAUGAGCAUGUCUUGUUACUUGUAACUUAAUAUAAGCCACUUAAAUUUUCCCUUUAAAAAGUAGAUAACUAAAAAAGAGUAAUUAACUAUGUAACAAGUUGCGAAAAUCUAAAUAGGGCAUAUUUGGAAAGUUAAGGACGUAAAACUGUAAAUAAUUAUUUGCUUUGUUUUUGUUGAUUUUCAUGCUGCUGAUGUUUGAUCGUCUCUGAUACACAGAAAAAUAAUAAUCUAUUUAAAAUUAUGUAAAGAGAAAAAAUAAAAUAUGCGAAAACUUACUUUGCUGUUAGAAAUUUUGUUUUGGCUGUAUUUAAGGAAAAGCGUUGACAAAUUCUAACCAACACAAACACUCACACGGAGCGAAAAUGCUUAAUAUUGUUGUUAAUCUAUACAUUAUAUGCGCUGCUGUAUUGUUGAAAUCAUUUAUGUGCGAUUGCUGAAGUCAACAUUUACUUAUUCAUCUCUUCGAAAAUUGAAACAAUAACUUGCACAGGUUUUCAAGCAUUUUCUACUUUUGUGCUUUGACAAACACAAUUGUUUUACUCGUGCACACGAAACCUUUGAACCUUUAGAGGCUUCUGAAAUUAGACUGAGAAAGAAGGCAAAUGAAGUUAUGUGAAGGAAAAAAUGAAGUUUGUUGUAAAUAUUUGUACAGAGUUAUAUCACACGUUGAAAACAUUAAAAAAUAAUGUUCUUGCCAUUUCUUACGAAUAAUAAACUUAAAACCUUUAA